UCUCUACGCUAGUUCCUCCAUCGCCGCCGCCAUCGCCGUUUCCCUGCUCGGACCCCGCGGUUCCUCCCCGGUUUUUUUCCCUUCUUUUCCUUCCCCCGGCACCAUGAACAAGAAGAAGAAGCCGUUCCUGGGCAUGCCCGCGCCCCUGGGCUACGUGCCGGGGCUGGGCCGCGGGGCCACGGGUUUCACCACCCGAUCCGAUAUCGGCCCCGCCCGCGAUGCCAACGACCCCGUGGACGAUCGACACGCCCCCCCGGGGAAAAGGACCGUGGGGGAUCAGAUGAAGAAGAACCAGACAGCUGAUGAUGAUGAUGAGGAUCUGAACGACACCAACUACGAUGAGUUCAAUGGCUAUGCUGGGAGCCUCUUUUCCAGUGGCCCCUACGAGAAGGAUGAUGAGGAAGCAGAUGCCAUUUAUGCAGCUCUGGAUAAGAGGAUGGAUGAACGGAGGAAAGAAAGGAGGGAACAACGGGAAAAAGAGGAGAUAGAGAAAUACAGGAUGGAGAGACCCAAAAUCCAGCAGCAGUUCUCUGACUUGAAAAGGAAGCUGGCAGAGGUGACUGAGGAGGAGUGGCUGAGCAUUCCUGAGGUCGGGGACGCCAGGAACAAGAGGCAGAGGAACCCUCGUUAUGAGAAGCUGACUCCUGUCCCUGACAGCUUCUUUGCAAAGCAUCUGCAGUCAGGAGAGAACCACACCUCUGUGGACCCACGCCAGACACAAUUUGGUGGAUUGAACACUCCAUAUCCAGGAGGCCUGAAUACUCCAUACCCAGGAGGAAUGACCCCGGGGCUGAUGACACCUGGGACAGGUGAAUUGGACAUGAGGAAGAUUGGGCAAGCCAGGAACACCCUGAUGGAUAUGAGGCUGAGCCAGGUGUCAGACUCUGUGAGUGGCCAGACUGUCGUGGAUCCAAAAGGAUAUCUGACAGACUUGAAUUCCAUGAUUCCCACCCAUGGAGGAGACAUUAAUGAUAUAAAGAAAGCUCGUUUGCUCCUCAAGUCUGUGAGAGAGACCAAUCCCCACCACCCCCCAGCCUGGAUAGCAUCAGCACGCCUGGAGGAGGUCACUGGCAAGCUCCAAGUGGCUCGAAACCUCAUCAUGAAAGGAACAGAGAUGUGCCCCAAGAGUGAAGAUGUUUGGUUGGAGGCUGCACGGCUGCAGCCUGGGGACACAGCCAAGGCUGUGGUGGCUCAGGCUGUUCGGCACCUUCCCCAGUCUGUCCGAAUCUACAUCCGAGCUGCUGAGCUGGAGACUGACAUCCGUGCCAAGAAACGUGUCCUGAGGAAAGCCCUUGAGCAUGUUCCAAAUUCGGUGCGUUUGUGGAAGGCUGCUGUGGAGUUAGAAGAACCUGAGGAUGCCAGGAUCAUGCUGAGCAGGGCUGUGGAGUGCUGCCCAACCAGUGUUGAACUCUGGCUGGCCCUGGCCAGGCUGGAAACCUACGAGAACGCUCGGAAAGUCCUGAACAAAGCCCGGGAGAAUAUCCCGACAGAUCGUCACAUCUGGAUCACUGCUGCCAAGCUGGAGGAAGCCAAUGGAAACACCCAGAUGGUGGAGAAAAUCAUUGACAGAGCCAUCACAUCCCUCAGGGCUAAUGGGGUGGAGAUCAACAGAGAGCAGUGGAUACAGGAUGCUGAGGAGUGUGACAAAGCUGGCAGUGUGGCCACCUGCCAGGCAAUCAUGAGAGCUGUGAUUGGGAUUGGGAUUGAGGAAGAAGAUCGGAAGCACACCUGGAUGGAAGAUGCAGACAGUUGUGUUGCUCACAAUGCUCUGGAGUGUGCCCGAGCCAUUUAUGCCUAUGCCUUGCAAGUCUUCCCCAGCAAGAAGAGUGUGUGGCUACGAGCUGCCUACUUUGAGAAGAACCAUGGCACAAGGGAAUCCUUGGAGGCUCUUUUGCAGAGAGCUGUUGCUCACUGUCCCAAAGCAGAAGUGCUGUGGCUGAUGGGAGCCAAAUCCAAGUGGCUGGCAGGAGAUGUGCCAGCAGCCAGGAGCAUUUUGGCCCUGGCUUUCCAGGCCAACCCCAACAGUGAGGAGAUCUGGCUGGCUGCUGUCAAGCUGGAGUCAGAAAACAAUGAGUAUGAAAGAGCAAGGAGGCUGCUGGCAAAAGCUAGAAGCAGUGCUCCCACUGCAAGGGUCUUCAUGAAGUCUGUGAAAUUAGAAUGGGUGCUUGGAAACAUUGCUGCAGCCCAGGAGCUUUGUGAGGAAGCCCUGAAGCACUAUGAGGACUUCCCCAAACUGUGGAUGAUGAAGGGACAAAUCGAGGAACAAAAGGAGCUGGUAGAGAAAGCAAGGGAGGCCUAUAAUCAAGGGCUGAAGAAGUGUCCCCAUUCCAUACCCCUGUGGCUUUUGCUGUCCAGGCUGGAGGAGAAAGUUGGGCAGCUGACUAGAGCCAGAGCCAUCUUGGAAAAGUCUCGUCUGAAGAAUCCCAAGAAUCCAGACCUCUGGUUGGAGUCUGUGAGAUUGGAGUACAGAGCUGGGCUAAAGAAUAUUGCAAACACCCUGAUGGCCAAGGCAUUGCAGGAAUGUCCCAAUUCAGGAAUCCUCUGGUCAGAGGCAAUUUUCCUCGAGGCGCGACCGCAACGCAAGACCAAGAGUGUGGAUGCUCUGAAGAAGUGUGAGCACGACCCACAUGUCCUGUUGGCUGUGGCCAAGCUCUUCUGGAGUGAACGUAAAAUAACCAAAGCCAGGGAGUGGUUCCACCGCACAGUGAAGAUUGACUCUGACCUGGGGGAUGCCUGGGCUUUCUUUUACAAGUUUGAGCUCCAGCAUGGCACAGAGGAGCAACAAGAAGAGGUGAGGAAGCGUUGUGAGAAUGCUGAACCUCGCCACGGGGAGCUCUGGUGUGAUGUCUCCAAGGACAUAGAGAACUGGCAGAAAAAGAUUGGAGAGAUCCUUGUGCUUGUGGCAGCCAAGCUUAAAAAUACCUUCUAGAGUGUGCUGGCUUCAGUGGCAUUACUCACCUCUGUAGGACCUGUCUGCUUUCCUGCUCCCCAUGUGUUCCUUCCUCCUGGCUGUGGCACAGAUUUUGAAGGACAGGAGAUUGGUGGCAAUAAGAGAGAAGUUUCCUCCAAAAAGAAAAGCUGCUGCCUUCUCUUCCCAGGGAUCAUGCUCUUGGCUCAGCUUCUGCAGCAGAUCUGAACUGGUGUCACCUGGGACAGACCAGCAGUCUUGUGAGGCUCUCUUGGCAUUUUCAUUUUGAUGCCUGAAUUCCCCUUGUAAAUACAAGCUUGAAUUAGUGCUUGUAUGGCCUCUGGUGUGCAGCAGCUCCUCUGUUUUCCUCCCCAGCAUGUAUUCCUGUCUGCCUUUGUGCACUUCCUUUAGUGUUUGGCUCAUCUCCUGCUGGUUCCUUGUCACUUGGAAUACACUGAAUGUCCUCAGAGGAGCCCAGCAGCAGAGGGGAAGGGCUGGGCUGGCUCCUCUUAUUUUUUUUGCCACAAGCCUGGUUUGGUUGCUCUGCUGGCAAGCUGGGGGUGUUCCUCAAACCUGAGGAGAUGGAGCAUUUUGUGAAGUUCAAGAGCAUAUUUUUAGAGACCUCUUCUUCAAUUUUUUUUUUUAAUGUAUAUAGUAUAACCUUAUUCUCUUAGGUGUCUGAUUUCAUUAAGCACAGUGGUAUUUUAAAGUAGCAAGACCAAAUCCAGCAAUCCCUGAAGGCCCUUCUGGAGGAACAGCCUUGAUUCAGAGCUGAUGAGACUCUGCUCUUGUACAGUGGCAGCAGCUUUCAGCUGGGAUGGUUGGGAGGACUCUUUCAAGUGCAGAUGGAAAGAAAAAAGCUCUGUUUGGGACCCUUAGGAGUUGUCUUCAUUUUUCUAUGCUUCUGAUUUGUAUUAUUUUGAUCCCAAAAAAUUCUUUCUUGUGAAAUUUGAAUGAAAAGCUGUCAUGUUUUAUGUGAGGAGAUAGUGGAGGUGUCCAGGUCUCUGUGUGAGUUGUACAAUGGCUUUAGCUGGAGGAGGAGAAAAAAACAAAAACAAAACCAAACCCUUUCCACUUGUUUGGGCAAUAGAUAUAAAAUACAGUGUGGUGGUUUUUUUCCUUAUGCUUUCUUUGUGUGUGGGUCUUGCUUUUUCACUGGGAAGAGAGGGUCUGGUAGCAGAAACCUUUGCACUUCUCAGGCUCCCACCACUUUGGGAAUGUGCUGCAUAUUUUGCCAGGCAGGAUGAGGAACCCAUCUCUGACACUGGGGUAGAAACAGUUGGUCUUGAAGCUCAGCCCUGUUUUCCUUUGGGGUUUGUAACAGAAACUCUGGUGCUUUCUCUUGCCCAGCUGGUGAAAGGGUGUCCCAAGCUGCAGUUCCCUUCAGGAAGGUCUAGAUCAUGGAUGUCCCAUGGAAUUGGAGCUUCCCAAAGGAGAGUGAGAGGCUCUUGCUCAGGGAUUCCAUGCCACUGCUGGCAUCCUUCCUGGAGGUGCAAAAGGAGAAGGGGGAAGCUUAGGGGUGAGAAUGGAGACAUCACAGGGGCAGGACAUAUGGGAAGGAACCAUGGCAGACCAGGAUUUCAAGGCUGAGCCAGAAACUGCAGGAUACAAAAUUCCAAGAAGUUCUUUUCAGCAUGUGCUGCUUGUUCUCAGCCCCUUGUGCUUCUCAUGUGGAUUUUAUUCUCCCUUCUUCUCCUCCAAGUGAGUGCUUGGCCACAGGGAUUGUAUCCUGCUUCUCUGAGAGAAGGGAACAUGGUGUUUGGGUUCAUCUGGCAUCUUGGGGAAGCUGAGUGCCAGUGGUCCAGAAAUUCCUCUGCCUUAUGAUGCUCUUGUUUGGAACUGCAGAGUUGGAAUCACAGUGACAUGGCUGCUCCUCCUGAAGACAUUCCUGUCCUGGAACCAAGUAUUUGGAGCAUCUCCCUCCAGCCAGAUCCAUGGAUCAGGAUCCAUGUCCUUCCCACCACCUUCUCACAGCACCAACCUCAUUUGGCCACUUUGCAUCCGCAGCUUCCCCAGACCCAGGCAGUGAACAUUCCUUUUUAUUGUUGUUUUUCUUAGGUCUUGGAGCCUCUUAAUGUUUCCUAGAUGUCUGUCUUGAUUUUAAAAUGGGUUAUAA